CCUGCUACCACCACGUCCCACGUCAAAACAUUGAGUGAGAGUGACGUUUACGUUACUUCACUUCUUUAUUAGUCUUUAGUUGUAAAGUUCAGUAAUAAAAUUGUAGCAAAUUCGCCACGCAGCAUGGGAGAUGCACAGGCUUUAGAUGCAGAAUCUAAAAUACCGAGCCCGGCCAAUGAGGCUCAACCAGAAACGGGCCGGCGUCCCUUUGGUGGUCUGGAAUUCCAAGUUUCUGAGGUGGUAGGCCGGCUGGAAGCAGGGGUCAACGCCCAGGACUCAUUAGAUGACGAGAAGAAGAGAGAGACCCGUAAAAUCAGCGCCGGUUUCUUUGAGCCGGAAGAAAUGCCUAUGGAUGAGAUUUUGAAAGUUUUAGAAGACAUGGUGCUCAAGACUGAUCACAACUGUGAGAGUGUUGAACCUCCUUUGCUACCGACCGAUGCUGUGACUCGGGCGACCAUUCUGUCGCAUAGUAUCUGUGCUCUGUUUGGGAGACUAGAGCGCUCUCAUGCUGCAAGGCUUGGUGCUCAUAUAGCUAGCGAAACUACACGCUGGAUGGCCCAUAUGUUCAGAUUGGCUGACUAUAACGCAUAUUACCACCACGAGCAGCUUGAAGGUCUUGUGAGAGUAACACGGAUGUUGUUACAUCAUAGAUACCCAAGAUACCUGGAAGAUGGAGCAUUAGCAUUCACAAACCGUUUGCCAUGCAUAUACAGCUGUGUGGCUAGCCCAUUGGGCAUAGUCCAGCACUUGUGCCGACAACUGGGCCUACCACUAGCAUGUGUUAGACCAGUUCCAGUAAAUGCUACAGGCAAAGGAAUGGACAUACAAGCAUUGGAAAGGCUAUGCGAUGAAGACGUAGCGGCUAAUAGAACCCCUUUACUAGUGUUAGGGGAGGUUGGGGCUCCACCAUUAGGUUGGGGCUCACCGCUACUGGAAUUGGGAGAGAUAUGUUCAAAGAGAAACAUACAUUUGCAUGUCAGAGGGCAUGCAUUAGCCCUACCUGCUGCUACUGGCAAGGAUCAAAGUUUUACAUUAGCGGAUUCGGUGACGUUAACACCAGGGCCCUGGUUUGGAGUUCCCGGGCUACCCACUGUUACAUUUUAUAAAAUACCUGAAGCAAUAACUGCCAAUGAGCACUCCAAAGGUGUUAAUGCGGCGGGUAGCAGAGAAGGGGCGUUAGCAGCGCUUGCAGGGCUUACAGGGGGUGGAGGACGUUUACCCGCCUUACCCCUUUGGACGUGUAUAAGGGCGGCGGGGACGAGGAGAUUGCAAUUACGACUCAACGCAGCUUUCAAAUCCGCUAGGGCGGCGCAUGCGGUCGUCUCGCAAGCACAGCUUCGGCUACUGAGUGAUAGGCCGGGUGGCGACGAACCACCGAAUGUGGACAUUAUCGAAGCACUGAGCCAAGCAUCUGCUUGCGUAGCGUUUCAGUUCGCGCCGCCCGACGUCGAGAAACCACCGCCUUACUAUGAUAAACUUAACUCUUGGCUAGGACAAGUGUUGCAGAGAGAUGCGGAAAUGAUAAGCAUAGAAGUGUGCGAGACUGAGUCACACGGGGUAGUGCUCAGGUACUGUCCUUUAGAAGGGUCGUUGCUAGACGAACGUAAAGUCCAAGUGUGGGCUUCAGAACUGGAAGCCCAGUUACACGUGCUACAUGCUACAGUGUCUUUGAGGGAGCCUUUCCAGCAGCGAGUUGAAAACCACCCUUGUCUGAGAAGAGUGCAUGUUCCGGGAUGGGCCGGUCUUGGAGGCGUCAGAUAUGUACCAGCGGGCUGGGAGGACGCUUCGGUAGAUGAACUGAACUCGCUAAACAGGCAGCUUGUAGAAACCUUGAGAGUUACCGACGGCGCGUUUUCUUGUGGGGAAGGCGAAGAUGGACUGGCUUGCGUUAGAUUCGGCAUGGUUACGGCGGACACGGAUGUAGAUGAACUGUUAGACUUGGUGGUGUCAGCGGGCAAAGAAGUAGAAGAGAGCUCUAGAGCAUUAACGAACAUGAGUGAAGUAGUCAAGAAAGGUAUCGAAGCGGCCCAAGCGGACUUGGAGCGCGAGAGCGCCGAGCGGCUAUGGCAAGAAGGCUUACUGCGUCGCAUGCCCGUCGUGGGGCGAGUUGUCGACUGGUGGUCGCCCAGCGCCGCGCCUCCGCCUUGCGGUCGUCGCCUGCACCUCGCGCACGGCACGCUGCAGACCACCGCCGACGUGUACAGAUUCGUACAAAGCAAGAAACAAGACCUCGUUGAAGAACCUGCGCGCGCGCAUUCACCUACGAGGCAAACGCAGCCCGCUCAAUAAUAUCGUUACCGUAAGCGAUAUUCUUAAAAUUAUUAUAACUAGUACCCAGUAAAAUAUGUUAAUAAGAGAUCUUUAAAGCCUAACAAAAAUACCAUUUACAUUGCUGGCAUAAGCACAUUGCUAUUCGUAUUUGCUAUUUGUCAUUUUAACAGCAGGUUGUCCUUAUCAUACUCUAAAAGGAGUGAAAAGGAGAGACUGGUGUCAAGUUUACUAUAUAGUAGCCAUAAGAAGAGUCGCCAUUAAAUUUUACUGAAUGCAAUAUAGGCGCGUAGGACAUCGUCAGUCAGUUUAUCCCUUUCUUUUACUAUAUAGAUGUCUUAUAGCGAAAUGUAACUUUGCGAAAGGCAACGAAAUAGUCUGUCUCGCUCUAUAGUUUCUAUAAGGUAGAAAGAGAAAGGUUGACGAUAGAAGAAGUAAGGCGUAUUUGAUUGUAAACUAAUAUACUGUAAUUAUGUGAGUUCUGAAUGAGUGGUUAUUCUCUCUAAAUCAUUAUGUCGUUGCUGGCGACAUGUCUACUGGAAAGUACAGCGAUACUGUCAAAUUUACAGAACCUCAACAAGACGAUUGCAGUCUUUAAAAACUGACAUAGGUCUACCAGACGCAAGAUUUGUGAAUAAAGUAUGUAGAAAAAAUCUUUUUUAACAAGCUCAUGUUUAUAGUUUAUUUUAACGUAUAGUAUAUUGAUAUACAGGGUUACAGGGAAAGUCGUACUGAAUAUUGAAGGACAUAAUUAUUCAGGUCAUUUCUGAUGGAUUUGAUCCUAUAAUAUGGUGUCCGAAACAUAACCGUUAUUAGCAAGUGUUAUACCUUUUUGAAUAGCUAAAGAGACGUAGAAGUUUUUAAAAUUAUUUGCAGAAUAAGUUCCAUACAUUUUUAUUUUAGAAAAGCGCUUCAAAGUUAAGAACACUUGGUGAAAAUUCUUUAGUUAUAACCGUUGUCGUGCAGUUUUUUUAAGCCGUUAGAAGUAGGUUCAGUUUUUAUUCAUUUUGUUUUAUUGCCUGACAUGUUUUCUAACUAGAUACAUUAAAAAAUCGGACCUUUGGAGCUCUAGUUUCAAAAAAAUCGACAUAAACCCAAAAAAUAUAGGAUUUUUUAAAAAAAUAAUUAAUAUCCAAUAUCUCCAUAACGGUUAAGUUUCGGG